AUGCCACCGCCGCCGCGGCUCGCCACCAUCACGCCGCCAACAGCCGAGCUCCUGGACGCGUUGCCGAUCUCCGACGGGCCUGUCGAGACGCCUCGCGACGCCCGCGCGCUGCGCGCGUGCCUGGUCGGACCGACCAACGCAGGCAAGUCGACGCUCCUCAAUGCGCUCAUCGACUCGCGCGUCUCCAUCGUGUCUGACAAGAUCCACACGACGCGCGAGAACACGCUCGGCUACCUCACCGACACGGCGGCGGCGACGCAGAUCGAGUUCGUCGACGCGCCAGGCUCGCUCGGCCCGUCGGUCCCGAUCAUCCGCCGAGCCAUCACCGAGGCGCUCUCGUCGGCCGACCUCGCGCUGACGGCACUCGUGCUGAACAAGGUCGACCUGGUGCGGCCAAAGACGAAGCUGCUGCGCGUCUCCGAGGCGCUCUCCUCCACGGGCCUCCACUCCUUCGACUGGCCCGGCUUCAUGCUCUCCGCGCAGACGGGCGACGGCGUCCGAGACCUGCGCCGCUGGCUGCUGACGAUGGCGAGGCCCGGCCCGUGGCGCGUGUCGGCGGGCGUGUCGCACGUCCAGCCGCCGCUCGUCAUCGCCUCGGAGGUGAUCCGCUCCCACAUCUUCCGCUGCUUCCGGAAGGAGCUGCCGUACACGCUGAUGCAGCAAAACUUGGGCUGGACCGAGAUGCGAAACGGCGGGGUUCGCAUCGACCAGCAGCUGCUGCUGCCGCCGAAGAACGGCAUCGGAGGGCCGGCCAAGGCGUCGACGCGCGCCAUCGUCGAGCGGCGGCUGCCGAUGGUUGGCAAGGGGGCCGGCAUCGAGCUGAGCGAGGUGCUCGGCCGGCCCGUGUCGCUGGUGCUGAGCAUCGGGACGCAGGGGCCGGCAGAAACGAUGGGUCUGUGA